AUGACUCUCAGCAACCUCGAGUCCGUCUGCUACAGGGAGGAAGGAAACGAACUGUAUACCUGUACCCUCGAAUUCGACCUCUACGACCCCAAUACGGAAGGCGUCGUGGAAAUCAACGGUGCACACUGUGGCACGGCGUGGGAAUGGGACGGCAUUACAUCAAGUCAUGGCCCGAACAACAAGUACCCCAGCAAUGGCGUCCUCUGCUGGAGCGGCGGCUCGAAUUCAUUUCAGUUUAGGGUGGUAGAGUUUUGGUCAGCCUCGAGAUUCGAACUCUACGUCAGUCAUCUGUAUAGAGACACGCGGUUUUUCAAACCACCGUACGAUGGGAGGAAAGCUUUGGUCAACAUCAUCAUCCCAGAAGAACAUCCCCUUCCACCUGUCGCGCCGUUUGUGCCUCCGAUCGACCAGUUCAAGUUCAUCGCCACGGCGACGAUUUCGAGGCGCACAGACGGAUUGUCAUAG